AUGGAAAACUACGUGGAAGGCAGCAUGUGGUUUUAUGCCCCGAACAAGGUGGCACCGAUUGUGUUUUGCGUACUCUUCUUCAUCUCAGGAGUCUGGCAUGCGUAUCAAACCCUACGCUACCAUUCGUGGAGAACGACCCUCUUCCUGCCCUGGGCCGCCUUCCUGAUGAUAGCAGGCUUCGCUACUCGCGAAGCCGGCGCCUAUCACCUCGAAAACCUCGGCCUUGUCAUUGCUAGCAACGCGCUGAUCAUGUCCGGCCCGCCCGUCUACGCCGCGAUAAACUACAUUAUCCUCGGCCGCGUCCUCUACUACGUUCCUUACCUCGCUCCCAUGCACCCCGGCCGUGUGAUCACGACCUUCCUUGGCAUCGACGGCAUCAUCGAAGCCAUGAUUGUCAACGGUGCGAUUCUGAUGACGAACUCGAGUCUCGAAGAAAGCAAACGCAUCCUCGGUGCCAACCUCGUCAAAUCAUCCCUCAUCAUCCAAGCAGUCAUGUUCGUCGUCUUCGUCUUCAUCGCAUGCAUCUUCCACCGGCGGGCCCAGCGGGCCGGGGUCUUAACAAAGAAGCUGCGCACCAUCCUGGUAGUGCUGUAUGUCAGCUGCACCAUCAUCACCGUCAGAUGCAUCUUCAGGAUUGUCGAGUUCUUCGAAGGCUGGACUGGCCACCUGUACAGGCACGAGCCGUAUUUCUGGGUCUUCGAGGCGAGCAUCAUGUUCGUCAACUCGCUCAUCUGGAACAUUUGGCACCCUGGCGCAAGGGUCCCGCGCUCCAACGAGGUUUACCUGUCUCGUGACGGCGUGACGGAGCUGAAGGGGCCGGGAUGGGACGAUGACAGGAACUGGGUCGUUACCAUCUUUGAUCCCUUCGAUCUCUACGGCAUCCUCACUGGCAAGGAUAAGAGGACGAGGUUCUGGGAGAUGUCACAGGAGGAGGUGGAGGCGUUGCUGGCAGAGAAGAAGACGAACAAGAGGAAGUGGUAUGCGGCGCUGCUGGACCCAUUUCACCUGUGGGGCUCGAAGGGCUUGAUCGGGAAGUACCUUGUCAAAAAAUCGACUAAGAACCCAAGGCCCACAGCUUCAUCCCCCACCGCGAAUCCUUCAGGGGAUAAGCCGCCGGCUAGUCGAGUAUCCGAAGUGGUGUAG